AUGGCAUGUAACGUCCCUAACCAAAGACAGCGGACUAUGUCAACCUCUGGAGAAGCUCUGUAUGAAAUUCUUGGUCUGCAUAAGGGAGCAUCAAAUGAAGAAAUUAAGAAAACCUACAGAAAGUUGGCCCUGAAACACCAUCCAGACAAGAACCCAGAUGACCCAGCUGCUGCUGACAAGUUUAAGGAAAUCAACAAUGCCCACACCAUACUGACUGACAUGUCCAAGAGAAUCAUCUAUGACAAGUACGGCUCGCUGGGACUCUAUGUGGCCGAGCAAUUUGGAGAUGAGAAUGUUAAUACCUACUUUAUGCUGUCAAGUUGGUGGGCAAAGACCCUGUUUGUCAUUAUUGGCCUCUUGACUGGCUGCUAUUUUUGCUGCUGUCUAUGCUGUUGUUGCAACUGCUGCUGUGGACACUGCCGGCCCAAAUCAUCGGAGCCAGAAGAGGACUUCUAUGUGUCCCCAGAGGAUCUUGAGGAGCAGAUCAAGACUGACAUGGAAAAAGAUUUGGACUUUCCAGUUGUUCUUCAGCCUACAAAUGCAAAUGAGAAAACACAGCUAAUCAGAGAAGGACCUCGAAGUUAUUGCACAGACUCUUAAUAAUGAGCCCACUGAGGGUCUGCAGUACCUCCUCUUGGUUCAACCAUGCCUCCAGGUGGUCAUGGGGAGAGGACAGGGGGCAUGAAAUGCUGUGAACUUUUCCACAUUUGUAUUUUAUUUUUAGGUUAGGGAAAGAUAACUUUCCCUACAUAACUUUCUCAGUAUGCAGACUUACUCUUUGAGUAGAAUUCCUAACGAAACAUUCCAUUUCAAUGAAUAAAGACUUGAAGAGUUGUUUGAUGCUCCUUGCAUGAGGUAAAGCAGUGGUGUGGGACAGGCUUUAGGAGCCUGCCUUGUAUGUGAGCCAGACCUCACUCCUUACAGACUAAAACAAUAUUCUGAAAAAAGGCCACUUUCAUCUAUUUAGCUAAAUGCAAUAUUCAUAUUUUCCAUAAAUAUCAGCAAAAUAUGUUUGAGAACUCAGGAGGAAUUUUGCAUGUGUGGAGGUUUUUCCCUGUCAAUAUUCAAUAUGGCUAGAGAAAUAUUUAAAGAGGCAGGAAGAAAUUAUUAGGUAAAAAAGACAAACCAUAUUAUUUUAAAGUACAUUUUUGAAAGAUUUAAAAUUUUAAUUUGUUGAAAACUGACAAAUAAAACCAGGAAGAAACAGGUUUUGUGUGUACUUUUAGACUGGCAUAAAAACAAAAACAAAACUCCAACCAAUGUUAUAAAUGAUCUGGAAAAUCAUUAUGACCUCAAGCCAGUCCCAAACAAUGUGUUGAUCAUUUUUAUGUAAAAAUUAUUUCUGCAUAACUGGCCUAGGUUAGUUAAACUAAAAAAAAAACCAACAACACAUGAGGUAAAGGGUAGAAUUCUAAAUUCUAUAGCCUACAUUUAAAGGCAUAUCACUUAUCCCAUUUUUGGUGGGAUUAAUUAUAUUGAUGAGAAAAUGUUUAUCUCUGUGCAUGUAAAACAUUUAAACUUAGAGGUCAUCUUUACAUUUACUUAUUUGAUCCAGAUAUUCAUUAUGUACUAUUUCUGAACAGUACAGCAGCAAAAGUGUUUGCUUUUCAAGGUCUUUCUUAGAUCUUUCUAUGACAUUGCAUUUUCAAGAUCUUGUUGUGUUUUUAUAUGAUAUUAUGAAAUGUAUUUUUUUUUCUGUUUCUUAUUCCCCUACCGCCAAUUAACAGUUAAUUAAGGUUAAAUAUACAUUAUGAGAAUUGGUGUGAUACCUCUUAC